UGAGGUUACGACAACUUCGAGUUUAACUGAUUUCACUGGUUGUCAAAGAGUCCUGCGAUUCCCUUUUCCCAGGUGAGCGCCGACUCAUUUCAUUUCAACAUUCAGAAAUGCUCUCGAUCUCUUCACGCUUUCAUUGCUUUUCGCCCGACAUGUUUUGUACGGCGUUUAGUCAUGCGAAACCUCCACGAAACAUCCACGCAACGCGCAAGGUAACUUUAUCCCGAUUCUAAAAAUAACUCGAGACGAAUUACCUAUGGAAUAGGGUGUGUAUGGGGGAUGCCUUCUCUGUCCCCUUUAUCCUCUCUUGCUUGUAUGUAUUGUUGAUGUCACACUUUGUAAACAAAGAAUUUUGUGUUGCAAUGACACUUUGUUGACAUUAAUGGCCUGAUUUACACUGUAGUACACCAUACUAAAGGGUGGUCACGUUGAAACGCAGACCGUGCAGACUGCGUAGACCGUGCACACUGUACAGACUGGGAAUUUAUUUUAAAUAAGCCCUGAGAAUAGUGAUUAGUGUUAAGGACUGACUCGAAAAACGGUUAGCUUUUAUUUAGGGUUAGGGUUGUUGCUACAUAGCUUCAAAGAGCCAUAAUGGCUCUUGCAUUCAGCAAAUCCUCAGUGGUGUAGUGUGCAGUGCAGUGCAGAUCCGAUGCUUCAGUACCGAGUCCUGCUCUGUCAUCUUGGAUUUUUUUUCCUCAACUUCUGAAGAGACUUAGCCUUUCUUGAACAUAUUAUCAAGCAGAAAUUUAAGAAACGUAGAAAUUUCAUGUCGGAAAAGAGAAUGUCUUGUGAGAGCUACUGAGACGGAAAUACACAGUCAGCUUGGAGUAUGGAGAUGAGUGCUAACCAGGGCGUAAGAAGCUAGGGCAUUGAAACGCUCAUACGCGCUCUCUGGUUCAGCUGUGAUGCGGAGUAGGACUGGAACUAGUUGGCCUUUCCGCUGUCGAUUCUUUGUCAGGGCAAGAAAAAUGGCGCCGUCUAGCUGGAGGUGGGUUCGGAUUUAUUGCUUUUAUAUCUUUAGAUCGCUGCAAUCUAUAAUUAGGUUUGGUAUUUGGCGUAUUUCUAUGCGAUAUACAGAAUAUAUUUAGGUGAUAUUCUAUAGUUAGUCUUAUAAGUUAAGGUGUUCAGUUUUCGCCUUUUAUGUUUAUGUUGUGUCAAAAUGGCCUAUCGAAUAUUACAGGUUGAAGGUCGCGUUUUAUCUUGCCAGUCAAAACCAAACGAUAAUAAACGACUACCAAAAAAAAUAUGUAAUGGUUUUAUAAAUUUUGUUUGUGCUUGCAAAUUUUUAGAGUGAACUUUUAUGAACCUUUAAGGUUUUUUUACUUUUAAAGUGACGACUUCAUAACGGCGAUAGCAAGGUUUCUGUUUUGUACUUUGGCGUUUAGCCUGUUAGUAAAAUAAAAGAUUUCAGUUGCCCAAUUUAGCGAUUUUUCUUUUUUUUAAUUUACACUAAGAUGGUAAAUAUAUUUUUUUAAAUUACAGAACCGCGAUUCAAGAAGGUUCUGACUAUUUUUAAAGUUCUACUAGAAAAUUGCAUUCGAAUCAUCUCGUGCGACAGAUUUUACAUAAACAACAACAAAUUCUGCUUCACCGCAGUAAAAAUCUAAAGGCUGUAUUGCACAGAAACAGAAUGAAGCCUAUGGAGAAAUUUUCUUUCAAAUCCCCACAAAGAUUCCACUGUAAAAUUAAAUCAUAGAAUGUUUUUGUUAUUAUGAUUUUUUGCAGGACAACAGAGAGUGCCCGGCCUGAAAAGACUACUAGAACACACACUGAAAGAUAAACGAGUUCAUAAUACCGUGAAUAUGAAGAAGAACAUGACGAGGUCUUAUUUUGAUUGCAAGUAGAGUAAAUUUAGACUGUGUAACAUUGUACUGAUUUUCGUCGUCAGAGGUUUAACUUGAGUGUGGUGUUGCACAAACUACAGGCAGCUCUCAGGUGGAAACUUAUAAUGGGACUGGCACAAAAUGUCUCAGAUGUCUGUAUUAAUUGACAGGUGUAACGAAAAUGACUAAAGAAUAGUAGGGACCGACUCGAUUAUCUGGAGGUGCCUUAUCUUUUGAUUGUACUACUGUAUAAUAUUUCUAGCAUUAUAUCCUCUCUCUUAAUAUUAUAUAUUGUAGACAAGGAAACAGGGAAGUAUUUUUUGAAUCAAGUUUGAUUAAACCUGGUUGCAGUUAAUAAAUUUAACCAAGAAUGAAAUUGAAUCAUACUGGACAUAAAGUAUACAAGUGUGCCAGGGUUGCUGGUCACACUAAAAAGUUUGUUUUUCAAUGGUUUAAUAGCUUUUACAGGCCAUUUGUAUUUCGUUUGUGCAUAAUUCUGUAUAAUUUUCUUGUUUGCAAAAUACUUUUGAAUUUGUAUUUUAUACAAAUGUUUUAUUUUGUAUCUGUAAGAUUAUAUAUAGCAAUGUCUGGUUUCAAUGUAAGACUAGUGAAUGUUUAGUUUCUUUUAAGUUCAUUAGCAUGUCUUGCAUGGGUAGUUUUCAGUGACCAUUUCAUUACAAAAAGCUGAUAUUUUCAAACAAAAAUAUUUUCUGGGCUACAUAGUUGUCAGUGUUCUUGCGACCUCUUUGUUAGUUUUUCAAGGGCAGUGAAUUCCAUUUUUUUCACAUACUUAUUCUUCAUUGCACAGUGGUAUUAGUGUACAAGAUAAAAAAUAAUGAUGAUUUUAUUAUAUUUUAAAUUUACCCGAACUUAAGUUUUCACAGUCUGUCCAACUGUAAUGCUCAAUAUUGGAGGUAGCUCAAUAAGGUGUUUAGAGAAGAAUACUGAUGUACACCAACAAAUCCAAACUUUAAUUGUAAAAGUAGAUCAUCUUGCCUUUAAACUGGGCAGCAAAAAGUAAAUGCCAAAGCAAAUGAUGAAUUACACAACUUGAUAUUAAACUGAAGUAGAGAGACGAUAAUAUUAGCCUAAAAAUGAUGUCAGUGCUAUCAUCUGAGUUGUGACGCCAUUUUCUUUCCAAGUCACGAAAUUUUAGUACAGGUCACGGAGGUGGAACUAUAUUCAAUACAGACAUUUGUUCGCGGGGGAAAAAUUGAACAAAACAGGAAACGAACGUGAGAAAAAAAAUUGAAUUGUUCCUUGGCUAUUGCUUGCAGCAAAUGAAUGCCACGGGAAAAUGGCUAACGUUUGCUGGAUAAUCUCUCUGACGGUCCAGUAUAAUGUCCGCGAUGUUGUUUUGUUUCUGUGGUAGUACCCAGACCCUUGCAUCAUAGCUAGACCGCUCGACGGCGCUCGUUUCAACGCCCUAGCUUCUUACGCCCUGGUGCUAACCGAGUAUUAACCCACUAGCUUCUGAUCUCUGUAUGAUGAGCCAUGCUUGAAAUGCCGCUACUGAAAAGGCGCCAUAAGUGCUGUUCCGUGUGCCGAUUCACAUUAACGGUGUAACGGGAAAAAUUGCGGGAAACCAGCUUAGAAGUAAAAAGACUCUAUAUAAUGCCGAGAGAAAAAAUACAUAUUAGGUAAAAAAAUAAUGAUAAAAAUAAGUAAAUAAAUGAUAAAUAUAUAUUUAUCAAAGAUACUCAGUCUGCACAGUCUGCACGGUCUGCAGUCUGCAUGUUCUGCGUUUUAACGUGACCGACUAACGCCUAACUGACAAUGAAAAGUCAAUUGUAAGUAGCCUGUGUAACUUCGAAAGAUGUUGACUUGUUUGUUUUCUUUUGGCUUGUUUCUGGUGAAUGGGAACGAUGUGAUAAUGAAAUGUAGACAACGCAUCUAUUAACCUCUUGCAUGUGCUAUCCAAUGAUAUACACUUCAGCAAAUGCAUGAACUGACACCAAUUUGGCAAGUAUUUUUGUUUGGAUGUUUUCUUCUUUCAUUAAGUUUUAAUUAUGAUUAUGAUUUUCAGUGUUAUUUUAACAACCACAAACAAUGUAUUUGGUUUAACAGUUGAGAAUAGUUUAAGACUACAUUUUCAUGAUGGCCAUUGUCUCUGUCUUUCCCAUGAAAAAUAAGCAAGGGGCAUAUUUCUUGGGUAAUGAAAAUGUCAUCAAAAGCCAUUUCAUUUUCAUAAGCCAUUAAUAUUCAACCGUUCACGGAAAACUGAUGGUUUUGUUAAAGGGGCAUGAAUUUAACAACCCUUAUGAAAACCCCAUAACUUCUGACACCAUGAAAAAGAGCGUUUAAACUCAUUGCCUUUUCAUUCUCAUUAAUAAGCCAUGGGAAAAAAAAAAACAUGAUUGGCUUCAUUUUAUUUCAUGGGUUUUUUGUUUGUUAGUUUUUUUCAUGGGCCCUGAAGCGUUGAAUAUUAAUGGUCUUCAUUCUUUUUUCUUGAGAUUUUCAUGCCAUAUUAUUGGUAUUUUUCCGUAAAAAACCCAUUAAAAUCUCCUGACAAAGCCAUGAAAAACGUGAAUUUACCAUGAAAAAUUUCAGUGGAUUUUCAUGUGUUUUUAUUUCAUAGCGCAAGGAGUCAUUAAAAAUUCUAUUCGCACGCAAAUGAAUUUCUGUUAACUUAGCUUGACACAGCCAUUUUAAUUAUUUUUUCUUGUUGACUCAGGCAGACCCUGGCUGAUUGAACUAGAACUUCACAAGCGCCUAAAAUGACUGCCGUCAGAACGUAAAUGAACUAUCAGCACCUUUAUAAUUCUACCGAACCGCAAUAUUCUGGCUUUCUGUAACUUAAACCCAGUAUUGUCCCCAUCUUAAAUUUAUACUUUCCUGUCUUACAAUGACUUUCGGGCGUGCAAGCCUUAAAAUCAUUUUUUUAAAAGAACAUACACAUAAAAAAGUACUCUUUGACUAGUAUCUGAAAACGUGACCACCUUCCGUGCUAUACCCCGAAUGAAUUAACAUUUGACUUCAGUUUGCGCUCACUUUACAUUAUGUGUUUCGAACAAACUUACUAAACUUGAUUAAUUAAUACCUUAAUUUAUUCAGUCCAUUCUCUCACCAACUGAAAUUGUAAAAAUUAAGAAAGUGGAAAAAUGCGUGGAAACUUGUACUGUUUUUUCCUAGUAAUAACCUUUCUGUAUCAGCUUCCAUCCUUCUUUUUCGCUUCUCAUUCAGCUUUAGUGCUACAACACACUUUCCAAGCCGAAUCGCGUCUAGACCUGUUCCAACAUCUCAUCACUCAUGGCAGUCAUGGGCUGAUAGGCAUUAUCGUUUCACCCACUUAUUCCAGCACCGUAAAAAGCAUGUGGGAGUUUUCUUCAGCAAUUAAAACGUUUUGUGUCGAUCCGGUUUAAUUUUUGUGUUCCAUGAGGCGUCCUCUGAAAGACAGUCGAAAUCUGUUGAAUGACAUCUUUCUUGCAAUAUCUUUUUUAUUCAUCAAUUUAGUUAUAUUGUAUUUGCUUGGCUUUUGACAUUUUACCUGUCAUUUUUCACAGCUCUACAAUUAAGCAGCUGAGCCUCCGGACUGUCUUCUUUGUGUUACCCCUUUAUUAUCGUGAUUGUUCAACCUUGGAUGCAGAGAAAUAAAAUAAUAAUAAUAAUAAAAAACUUGCGGACAGUUGGCCACGCACCCUCCGUGUAUGUAAUAAAAAUCAACAGUUGGAGGACUCAAACUACCUGAAGCCCAUGCCAGUAGGAAGGGAAAGGUGACACCCUGCUUAAAAGGAGAUUUUGAUGUAAAAUUUCACUAUGGCCUCAAAAUUCUGCAUUGAAGAGCUAAGUGAACAGUUAUCGCUUAUUGAUUCACACAGGGGCUUUAUUGAGGCUUUUUGUACUUUAAACUUGACGUUUGCUCUGAUUGCAGCUCUGGAAAAUCUACUAGUUUUUCACGCAUUGUGGAAAUCCUCUACGAUACCUGCUACUGUAAAAAAGUUGUUCUUGAGUCUCGUUGUUUCCGAUUUUGUAGCCGGGAUUUUGGCCCAGCCGAUGUAUGGUGUCAUCAUUGCGGUAAUGUUAAAAAAGACAUCGAAUGACCAGAGUAUUGCCUCCUUUUGUCCGACAAUUUUAAACCUCUGUUAUUUCUUGUUGGUUCUUCUGUGCAGCGCAUCAUUUUUGACGAUAACAGCCAUUGCAGUUGACAGGCUUCUUUCUAUUUCACUGCAUCUACGAUAUCGCGAGCUUGUGACCCCAAAACGUGUCAUUAGUGUUUUGACGGCUUUAUGGCUGACAAGUGGUGCGACUGGCUCGCUUUUUAUUAUACUCUCUGAACAUAGCAACAAGGUAACUGCGAUUGUUGAAUCCAUUGGGCUAUGCCUGAACACUGUGGCGUAUAUUCGUAUCUACAAAGCUGUUAGAUAUCAUCAACAUCAGAUGAAAUGCCAUCUUCGGUUACAAAACUCCAAUUUAAUUGAUAUACUUCGGCAAAGAAAGUCAGCUUUAAAUGCUUUGGUUGUGUAUUUGGUAUUCCUGGUUUGUUACCUUCCAUAUAUAUUCACUAUCAUUUUAUUGCUAGUACUCGAUGGUGAAGACACUUCCUUGCUGUUAGCUGAACGUGCAUCGUUGACUCUUAUUUUCCUGAAUUCGUCAGUAAACCCUCUUGUUUAUUGCUGGCGAUAUCGUGAAAUUCGAGAUUCAGUGAAAGGUACUUUGAAGAAAUUAUUU